AGAGAGUGAACCGAUUGUUGCGAAUCUGAUGCAACCAACUUCCGUAUUUUUCAGGGUGACUGAACCAGUCAGCUGCUACCACCUAGGGACUUAUUGAUCAUAAGCAAAAACAAGUCAGGCCUCGGCCUUCUAGGUUGACGGAGAGGGAGGGUAUAUCUGAUACGCCGAGAGCCAAACUUAUUAAUUUCGAAUCCACCCGAUCUGCACGAAACGGCGAUACUCGACUGCUUUGCCAUCUACCACUACCCCAAAAGGUCUCGUGGACUGACUUGUUUCGUUUAGUAAUAGACUUUUCUUGUGAACAAUGUCGUUCUACAAGCCAGAAGAAAGAAUCUUUCACAAUGACGGCCGCGAACAAGCCCUUCUCGAAUACAUUCAAUCUCACCCCUCCUACAACGAGAUGCAUGGCGACCCAGAAAAGAUUCUCGCUGCGAUCGACGAAUUUGGCCGGGAAAGAGAUUUUCUCAUGAACGUUGGCCAAAGUAAGGGGGCUAUCGUUGUGAAGAUGAUCAAAGACCGCAACCCCCGAAUCAUGGUCGAACUGGGAGGAUAUGUCGGCUACUCUGCCAUCCUCUUCGGUGAUGCGCUUAAGCGAGCCGGUGGCGAAAAAUACAUCAGCCUAGAAUUGAAUCCCGUCUUUGCGGCAAUUUCGGACAUUCUGAUCAGGUUAGCCGGCCUGGAAGAUACUGUGGAAAUUAUGGUUGGGCCGUGUCGGGAGUCAUUGCGUGCACUCAAGGAGACUUACCCCCAUGGAGGGCUUGACAUGAUCUUCCUCGACCACUUCAAGGUUCAGUACGUAAAUGACUUGAAGUUGUGUGAAGAGUUGAGACUGGUAGCUCCAGGGACGACUGUAUUGGCGGAUAAUGUGAUCUCUCCUGGAAACCCAGCGUAUCUAGAAUAUGUUCGGCUUUCCGCAGAAAAGAAGGCUGAGUAUGCCCGGAGACCCAGCUUUGAAGGUGACCGGUUGGGGGACUACUCUAUUGGAGAUCCAUGUCUCAUCUAUGAUACUCUCACGGUGCAUGGCUUGGAGGUUACAGGAGUGCCGGAUGCUGUGGAGGUAUCGUAUUGUAUGGGAGUUGAUUCUCCGAUGAGCAGAAGUUGAC